AUUGACGUAAAAAUACACAAUACUCUUAGUGAUCGGACAUUCAUAUGAACUUUCUAUGGUAUUUUUUAUAUAAUUUCUGCUUUAGGAAUAUUGUCAUGUUUUUUUCACCCUGUAUAAAGUAGUGCGCCUCAUAGUAAGCCAGUACUGUAAAUAAUCGUAAAUAUUGCAUAACACUGUUGACAUUGUGACUUAAACUUUUAUGCGAUUUUCCAAAGCGCGACGCACUUGCCAAAUCUAAAGAUAGAUUUGAACUUGAAUCGUUCCUAUUUGUUUUACCGCAAAAAGUUACAUCAGUCUCAAGAAAUGGGUAAAGGCAAAGGAGGCAAAGGCGGAGGAGGUCCAGCACCUGCUGCAGACAAAAAAGCUGGUGGAGGGGCAAAAGGUGCCACUGACCAGAAAGCUGGAGUAAAAGAAGCACCUGGGGCAAAAGGCGGUAAAAAAGGUGGAAAGAAAUGAAAAUGCCAAUCAAUAUCAAGUUUUUCCAGCCAAUGAAGUAUAGCAUUUUGAUUUGGCAUAUCAACAUUUAAUAUUUAUAAUUAUAUAAUUUCAUUAAUAAUUAUUUUAACGUUCAUUAUAAUAUAAUAUUAUGUGUACUGUGAUAUCAACUAACCAAUAAAUUUUUUGCAGAAUAAAUAUGUUCAACUUCUUGCCAUGUUGGUCGCAUAGUUCAUUACAAGAUUUGAACCUGUUUAAAAUUUACAAUCUUUCCAAUAAUCUUUUUAAUAUUUUAUAAUAAUAAAUUUUAUUCAAAUUGCUUUGAGGAUAUGAAACGUCAACAGGUAAAGGUCAGAUUUUCAUAACUAAGGAAAAUGUACAACAUGAUUAAAUUGGAAUAAAAUAGGUGAUAACAAGUUAUAAAAUUAGUAGCAAAAAAUGGCUUGUUUAAAAGUG